UACGGAAGCCUUUGAGCCAGCACUAGCUAAUGAGCAAGCUUCCUGAAAAUGGCCAGCUGGGGAAAGAUCGCUGCGGCGCUGAGGAGCGGUUUCAAGACUCCUCGGACUCUGAAAGGAGUCGCUCUGCGCCGCACUGUCGCCCCUGGUGUCGUAGGAGCCGGGGUCAUAGGAAGUGGCCUCCUGUGUUAUUACCACUAUCACACAAACUACAGGACUCCGUCCUUCGCCGUUCACGCCGAGAAAGAAAAGGAACCUGCUGUUCCUCACCUCUCUGCGAGAAGACUGCGCUUCAUCAGAUUUGCCUCUGUGGUCUACGAGCAGGAGCCGUACAUGACUCCCAGAGACUUCCUGUUCUCUGUCAUGCUGGAGAAUGUGGACCGAAAGCUGCAGAAGAAAACCCUAACACCGCAGGAAGUCGAUAAGAUGUUGAUUGCGGCCUCUAGAGCGUGCGGCGGUAACGAUCUGUUCAGAAGCUUAGGAGACAACGGUCUGAUCUCCUACACAGAGUAUCUGUUCUUGCUGACCAUCCUCAUCAAGCCUCACACUGGAUUCCGCAUAGCUUUCAAAAUGCUCGACGUCGACGGCAAUGAGCACGUAGACAAAAAGGAGUUCCUCAAGCUCAAGAAAGUGAUUAGGAAAAGUAAAGCAAGAGCUCACAAGGACAGCACAGAGAAACCAGCAGAGGAAGGCGACGGAGUGAACACAACACUACAGGCCUAUUUCUUUGGGAAGAAGGGAGAAAAUAAGUUGCAGUACAAGGAGUUCCACAGGUUCAUGGUGGACCUGCAGGCUGAAGUCCAGGAGAUGGAGUUCCUACAGUUCUCCAAAGGCAUGGACACCAUGCGGAGAGAGGACUUUGCAGAGUGGCUGCUGCACUAUACCAACGAAGAAGACAAUGACGUGUACUGGGAAAACAUGAGGAAGAGGAUCCCUGCUGGACAGAGCAUCACGUUUGACGAGUUCAAAGCCUUCUGUCUGUUCACCAACAAUCUGGAGGAUUUUGCCUUUUCAAUGAAAAUGGUCUCUGAAGCCAACCGACCUGUCGGAAUGGGUAAUAGCUCUCUUCUUCCUCUGCUCGUGGCAGAAUCCUCCUCAACACUGUGUACAGUAGAUGACAUUUCUCUCCCUCUGAUUGCAGCCCAGUUUAAGCGAGCAGUGAGAAUCGCCACAGGCCACGAUCUGUCUGAGAAUGUCCUGGACACCGUGUUUAAACUCUUUGAUCUUGACGGAGACAACUGUCUGAGCCACAAGGAAUUCCUUGGUGUGAUGAAUGACAGAGUUCUGCGAGGAUUGAAAGUGCAGCCACAGAAUGGCUUCUCUGGCUACUGGAAGUGUGUGAAGCGAGAGACACUGAAGGGAGCUCGGGAAGCUCUGGGAGACACAGGCUGUCCCAUCUGAGUGUUUAAAGAAAUGUCUGACGGACGAUCAAUUUUACCAACACUUCAUCCUGGUUUUUUACACUCAAACAAGUGGCGUGAGUUAGAUUAUAAUGUAACCAUAUGUAAAAAACUAAGGAUUUAUACCACUGCUUUUUAUGUAGGGGAUGUGUUUACAUAGAGGCAAAUUAUUGUCUAUAUACUCAGCUAAAUUUGGGUGUGUUAAUGGUGUUAAUACAUGUAUGAUUUAGAAUAUUAUUCUAUUAAUAUUAUAGUGACUGAUGACUUUCAAAUUAAUUGUGCACUUUUAUACUUGUUAACACAUCUAAGUGCUUUUCAGGGCUAAUUGUGUUCGUAUUGUCAAUAUGUGGUGUGGGUUUUUUAUUCAAAUAUCAAAUAAAGUUUUAUUUAAAAAUGAA